GGCAGCGCAGAAGACAUUGAAUCCGCAAGGGGUCAGCCGUUUGCGCGUCAACAAUUUUCAAGCGUGUACACAAAAAUCGAGACCAAAAAGCGAGACCUGCAACGAGACCAAGACCAGACCAGACCAAGACCAGGCCAGACCAACAGAGCAACGAACCAGCCAGCCAACCACCCACCCACCCACAAGGCGGCCACUUGAUUAACGCCAAUGCCAAUUUGAACGCAGAAAAUCUCUAUAAAAGUUCAGCAGAGAGCAUGCGUUCGGUGAGCGAGCUUUCGCUCUUUGCUGCUCUCUCUGCCUCUUGCGCUCUGAGUCUGUUGCUCUCUCUUCGCACAGGACGCAAAGUAUUCUCUUUUUUUUUUUGUUUUUGUCAUUGACCUGUUGUGGAAGUGAAAGACUCAAAAUACUCGAAAUAAUAACGAGAAUUUAGGCUGAAACAAAAGAAAAUCUUUCACUUUUCUUACGUGCGACAUAUUGAAAUACACAUUUGUAUGCAUUUUCCGCUGUUAUAAAAAAGAACUGCCGCCCGUGCGUAACUGCUUGCCCCCCCUCCAGCGAUUUGCCAGUGUGUACCUGGCGUAAAAUUAAAGCCUAGGCUUUUUCAAAUGCCACAUCCCUGCAGGCCGAUGUAAAUCGAUAUGGGGACACUCCACAGGAACCCAAGCACCAUGAGAUACACUGCAUAUAAAAACGAAAUACUUGACAUAAAUAGUUAAUUUUAACUUGGUAAAGGUUAAAAGGUUAGACAUGGGCAACGUGUGCAGCUCCGGCCAGAAGAAAAAGAAGGAUAAGGACAGCUCAUCCGAGAAAUCAGAUGACUCCCCACCCUACGAGGAAGCCGGCGCAGAUAAAAAGGAGGCGCUGCUAACUCACGAUGCCAACGACAUUAAGGAGAGAAGAGCGCCGCUGGCCGAUGUGGAGGCCCUGCCGGAGGCGACGCAGAUUAAUGACACAUGUGGCAAUCAGCAGCAACAGCAGCAGCGUCCACAUCAGAUGCCCCAGCCGAAGCCGAUUGCAUCAGAGAAGGACUCCAAUAGCACAACACCGCAGGGGGCGCAGGCGCCAAGCGAUGUGGCCAAUGUUAGUCCGGGCAUGAGCAAUCUCAGUAUGCUGCAGGGCAAGCCGCCGCCCGGCCGCAAGAUCGAGCGCGACAAGAAGAUUGUCAUCUAUAUACUGGCCGACAAUAGCACCGAGUACAAGAAGCACAAGCGUGUCAUCUACAGCCUGUACAAACAUUUUAAAAGCAAGUGCCAAAGCAAAGGAUUCGACUUUAUUAUUGCCGAUGUGCACGACAGCGAGUCGACGGCAAAGGAUGCGGCAGCGACGGGGGCGUCGCUGGAGCAGGCGAAUGGCAAUCCAAAAAAGGACUUCUCAAGGCUGCAGGAGGUUAAGCGCUGGACGCAAACGCCGCUGGAGGCACAGGGCGGCCACGAGGAGGCAGCCAAUUGUCUGUGCGAAAUAACCCGCCAUGCGACCGGAGCCUACAUCAUACCCGUGCUCUUUCUGGGCUCCACCCUGGGCACACCCAUGCUGCCGCUCACAAUCGAGAGCCAGGACUUCACCUCGGUACUGAGCGCCGCCAGCGACGCGGAGAAACUGCUGCUGGAGAAGUGGUAUACCAUUGAUAACUCGUAUCAGCCAAUGUGCCAUCGGCUGUAUACGCAGCAAAUCGAUCCCUACUCCACGCAGGUCAAUGCCGAGCUGAACGAGCUGCUCGCCGUGCUGCUGCGUCUCUUUUCGGACGACGUCAAGGAUUCGUAUCUGACAACUGUCGUCGAGCAGGAGAUCAACAACACGGUGCUAAUAAGUCAGGAGCUGGCCAAACGCUGCAUUUGGAUACAAACAGGUGCCCACUACUCACGCGCCCCUGAUAACGCCAUCCAGCUGGAGCUCGAGGUGCUGCGGCGCAUAACACGCAUCUAUGCCGAGCUCAAGAGUCAGCUGUGCGAGAAGAAUCUCAUACGAAUGUUGCCCACCAUGAACAUCCUCGACGACGAACUGUCUGCGGUAAUUGAAAAUCUGCUGGACAAAUCGCUGGCGGGCAUCUUUGAGGAGCAUCAGCAAAAGAGCAUACCCUACAACACGCUGGGCGUGGACCGCGUCCUGCUCGAAGAGAUUCAGCUGAUUGGCCACUACUCAAAGCUGCUCGCUCAGAACUCGGCCAACUUCGACAUCAUGAAUGAUGUCAAGCGUUACAUACGCGAUGGAACCGCACAACCGUUGGUCAUCUCAGGUGCUCGAGGGAGCGGCAAAAGUGUGCUCGUGUCCAAGAUUAUGGAGAACGUGCAUCGUUGGAAGCCGGAGGCACAGCUGGUGCUGAGAUAUGCCAAUUUGAGCGCACGCUCCUCGGACAUCAGCUCGCUGUUUGGAUCCAUAGCCAAUCAAAUGUCGGUGCUCGAGACGGGCCAACAAUGUCAGGUGCCACACACACUGGAAGCCUAUGCCGGAGUUAUAAGGGAGAUUUUGGGAAGACAACAGCGGUUUUUUGUGCUGAUUAUCGAUGGAUUGGAUGAGCUGCAGUGCGAUAUGGCACUGGAUUGGCUGCCGAUGCAGCUGGGCAGCUGCGGCAAGCUGAUAUUGACUGUCAGCGAGAAGGAGGACGAGGAUGCUAGCGGUGAUUCGUUUGAUAUGCUCGCCGCGCUGGCGCAGCUGGGCAUUCCGCAGCGCUGUUUUCUUCGUCUGCGCCAGUUUACGGAGCGCCAGUGGCACGAUAUACUCAGCUCCGGCGGCGGCGACUUCUACGCGGCAAACGGGGCGCUCAAACUGCCUGACGAUUGGAAAUCUCUGCACGGCAAGACGCCAUACCAUGCGAAGUCGCUCUGGUGGCUGGCCUGGCUUGGCCAUGUGUCGCAGCCGAUCAGCGAAAUCGGCGACAUAUCCAGUAAGAUACUGCAGGUGCUAGAGAGCAAGUUUGCCGCCGACCAGGUGGAACUGUUGCUUCUGAUCGUGCGUCUCUCGCCUUGGGGCAUACGCGAGAGCGAUUGCUUGGGAGUUUUUCAAAAGAUCACACAGCUGGAGGCGCAGGUCGUCUUCAAAAUAUGGUCCAAGUUCUGUUGGCUGAUGGGGCCAAUGCUUUUAGGUCUUAAGAAUAUAAGAAUAGCGGACAGAAGCUUCGGGCGCGCCGUCCUGGCGAGGUAUGCGCAGAAGCAGUGGCUGGUACAUGAAGCGCUACGGGACUACUUCGAUCGUCAGGACAGCGAGUUCAAGGGCAGCGCUGGCGCGAAAACCUACAACUACCAGAAGUACUUAAAACUGCCUUAUCAUCACUUCUGUGCGGUUAUCGAGGAUAAGCCGGCGGCGCACAAAAUCGAUAUACUCUACAAUUGCUUCUACUUUACGGACUUGCAGUGGAUAGCCAAUAAGGUGCAUGCAACGGGGCCGGCGCAUUUAAUGCAUGACAUUCUGCAUGCCGAGUGGUUGGCUGGCCAGGAGGGAUCCAAGGGCUAUGUGCAUAUCAACUUUCUAAAGCAGUUCCUGGUGCGAUACCUCCACGAGCUCAGCUAUGACGGUCAGCAAUUCUACACGCUUAUGAAAUAUUAUUUGAAGACGCGCUUCAAGGAGUCGUCUGAGCUUAAAGACGAUGAGAAAAUACGCUCCUGGUGGGAGUAUACCAAUGAGCUGGAGUUUGCCUUUCUCGAGAUACUCAACGCCGAUCUCGAUGCCAAUGACAAUGACAAUGAUAAGGGACCAGUCGAAGGCGACGAUUCCAGCCAAGCCGCUUCAGCCUCUGUCCGGGGCUACGAUGUGCUCAUGAAUCUGCCGCAACCGGGCUGCUAUGUGGCGUCCUUGUGUACAGAGCGUGCCGAGAUUUGCAUCUGGGAUGUAAAGAACUGCUGUCGCAUACGCGAACUUCAGGGCAUACCGCAGCCGACGGCCAUGUGUCCAGUUGGUAAUUACGAGGCAGCUGUGCUGUGUCGUCGCGAGAUUCGAGUCAUCAACUUGGACGAGGGCAAGUUUAAGGUCACAUUAAAGGGCGUGAUGAACCAGAAGAUGCCCUACUUUGGCCUGCACGAUCAGAACCACCUGGUUUGUCUCUCACGCAAUCGCAUGUAUGUGAAUCUAAUGAAUCUGGAGUCGGGCGAUUGUGUGACCACCUUUAAGGCGGGCGAGGAUCGCUUCCUGAACUCGCUGCUAGUCUCCGGCGACGGACGGAUUUUGGUUUGCGGCGACGAGACGCAGAAGCCAUUUCCUCUGCUCGUUUGGCAUUUAUCGCAACGUAAAUUGCUCUACGAUCUGCGAAUUCCGCAUCAUGACUUUGUCACCUCGCUGUCAGCCAUCACGCACGAGGGAUCUUAUGUGUGUGUGGUAGCCAAGGAACUCAACGAGCCAACAACGCCAAAUUUCAUUGUGGUCUAUGAUCUGCAGAGCGGUACUUUGUUCAAGAAAUGGAAGCCCAGCUGUAACACAGUUGCUCUGGCCAUAUCCCAAGUGAACGCUUGUGUCAUUGCCGGCCUGGAGGAUGCCAAGAUAUUAAUAUGGGAUCUGGUUACGGGCAACUGCAAGUGUACGCUUAUUGGACACAAUGCGCCUGUCACAUACUUGAAACUGGAUCCAUUGGGCAAAGUGUUGUUGUCGUUCGACAAGGAAGGCCGCGACAGCGCGAUACGCAUGUGGGAGUUGAGCUCAGCCAAAUCCUUGGCUGUCUUUAAGCCCCCGGCACAGAUCAGCACCUGCGAGAUAUUGCCAAAUGGUGCGUUCGUUGUAUUGGCCCUCAGAGAUCGCAAUGAUCUGCUGACGCUGGCGCUGAAGAAUUAUGGUGGCAGCAGCACUGCCAACGCCCUGGAGGAUGACUGUGGCACCUUAUAUGGCAAUCCCGACAACCAGCACAAAGUUUUCAAUUUAAGUAAUUAAUGGGGUCAGAUACCUGGAUCAAUUAACAUUAGAUAUCAUUAUUCAAAUUAAAACAUACAUAUAUGAAACAAAUGAAAAGAAAUUAUAAUUCCGAAUGAUAUAAAUAUCACAAAAAAA